CACACGCAAGACCGUUUGUUAGUUAAGGCCUUGUUGUCGCCAAACGCAGAGAAACGCCCAGCGCAACCGCAUUUUUUUAUUCCGCCUCCGCCUCCGCCUUCUCUUCCUCCUCUCUCUGAAACGACCUCGUCGCGAUCUGCGAUCAGCGAUGCAAAACGGGGAUUACUCGUCCGCUCCGUAUUACCAGUACCCACCUCCACAUCAAAACCCUAACCCUAUCCCCAACCCCGCCGAUCACCACCACAACCCCUACGCCUCCGCACCGCCCUUCACCUCCUCCGAUUACUCACCUUAUUCCCAAUCUUACCCCCCGUAUUCUCUGAAUCCCGAUCCUGCCCCUCCCACCGCUCCUUCCUACGCCCCUCCCCCUCCAAUCUCCAAUCCCAAUUUGCAAACCUUCAAUCCCACGCCACAGCCGCCUUCUUCUUUCCCUCCGUUCGAGACCCAUUCCCCCUAUCAACCGCCGCCACAGCAGCAACCUUAUCAACCACCGUACGAAUAUAACCAAUCGGCUCCCAGUUACGCCACUUUGCCGCCCUCGAUUCCCGCCAACCCUAACCCUAAUUCCAAUCCCUCCUCUCCAUUUUCGUCCGUUUACCAGAGCCCGUUUUCUCAGCCUCCACCUUCGGUGCUGCCUGUAUAUGAAAAUUCUUACGAGAAUUCUCUGAAAUUUGAUCACGGCGGUGGUUCCGGCGGCUCCUAUUUAGAUGAUAGGUAUGGGGGAUACAACCGGACCCGAACCGAUUUGGGAUCGGAUCCAUAUGGGAAGCGGUAUGAUGCAGGUCUCGAUGCGGGGUACGGCGACGGUGUUUAUGCUUACGGAGGUGACAAGGUGGAGCCGUAUGGAGCUCGUGGCACUGCACCCAAGUCUUCAAGCUCGACUUUGUUUGAUGAUUACGGAAGGUCGAUCAGUGUCCCAUCUGGGAAAAAUACGCCGGUGAGCUCGACCAAGAUCGUCCGGGCAGUACCCAAGGUCGAUACUCAAGAGGAUGCAAAGAGUGGUGUGCAGAAGUUUCGGGUCAAGCUGUUGGCUGAAAGUGGAGGGCAGAGCACCAUGGAUGUCCUUUGCCAGAUUGGUUUAGAUGGUAUCCGCAUGCUUGAUCCUGCUACCAGUCGGACAUUGAGAAUAUAUCCCCUCGAGACCGUUACAAGAUGUGAUAAAACCGACUCAUCUACUUUUGCCUUUUGGUCAAAGAGCUCUGUGGAUAUUGAGCCAAGGCGUAUUAGAUUGCAGUCAAAUAGUUACACUACCAACACCCUUUUGGAUACGGUGACUGCUGCAACUGUACAGCUUAAGGAAAUGGGUGGAAGAAUAAAGCCUACGGAAUCCAUAAGGUCAAGUGAACAGUCUACAGAGAGAAAGAAAGGAUUAACCGAUUGGAUGAACAUUAUUAAACCGGGAAAUGAGGAGAAAGAUCAUUGGGUCCCCGAUGAAGCAGUUACAAAAUGCACGGCGUGUCGGACAGAUUUUGGGGCUUUUAACCGCAGGCAUCACUGUCGGAACUGUGGAGACAUUUUCUGCGACAAGUGUACCCAUGGCAGAAUUGCCUUAACUGCUGAGGAGAAUGCUCCGCAGGUUCGAGUUUGUGACCGUUGCAUGGCUGAAGUGACCCAGAGGCUCAGUAAUGCUAAGGAAGCAUCUAGUAAACCUGCAGGACUUCAUAGUCACGAGGAUCUUGCCAAGAAGCUUCAGGAGGAGUUGGAAAGGAAUCGCAAGGAAUCUUCAGGUUCAAAGUCUGAUGGAUCUGGAAGGAGAAUGAGAGAAGUUGCCUGUCCUACAUGUACGGUCCACUUGCAGGUUCAAGUUCCCAGCACGGGGUCGGAGACCAUUGAGUGUGGGGUUUGCCAGAAUCCAUUUCUUGUGAGUGCUCAUUGAUUCGAAAACAGAUUCUCACGACGGCACUCAAUUGUUAUUUAUGAAGUUUCUCGGUUCAAUUUGUUUUAUUGGAUUGCUUAUAUUUCCUAAUAAUUUGGAAGAGCUUUUGCGGGUGUCGGUGUUUUUCUGGAUUGUUGUGUGACCAGAUUGGCUGCUGCUUUCUGCUGUUUUAGAGUGUAUAUUAAGAUUUUUCCUUGUAAGCCCCAUCAAACAGACUCUUGCCUUUUUUAGGGAAAUUGAUGUUCAUAUAAUUACUUAUAUAUCAAAUACUUGAUGCUCCA